CCUGAAUAACACUUUCACUUCUCUGAUCAAUAUCCGAUAAAUACUUGGUCAGUAUUAAUUGUUAUUUUGCCUCUCAGAAGUAGGAUAAUCUCUUCGAAUGUUUGAAGAGACAUAAAUUGAAGUCCAAACAGAACUAACAUUGAAGGAAACCUGAACCAAUGAACAGAUUACGGUCGAGAGUGACGACAUUUUCCGAAUAAUCAUCAUCUGUAUCAAGUUUGGCUAAUAUAGAGGUUUUAUUUAUGGCAUCACGUGGAAGGUCCGAAACUGAAAAACUGAAAAAAAAUCUGGAAGAUCAGCUUGACAGAUUAAUGGUCCAGUUAUCUGACUUAGAAGAAUGCAGGGAGGAUUUAGAUCCUGAUGAGUAUGAGGAAACAAAAAAGGACACUGUAGAUCAAUUGAAAGAAUUCAAAGAAUCACUUGUUAAAUUUGCUGCGGGAAAUAUGACAUUGGUUGAUGAAAUUAGUGCUAUGCAGCUGGCAAUACAGGCAGCUAUAAGUGAUGCAUUCAAGACUCCAGAAGUGAUUCGCAUGUUUGCCAAAAAGCAACCAGGCCAGUUAAGAAACAGAUUGUCUGAGCUUCAGAGAGAUAUGAAAACUGGUCACAUUAGUGAAGCUGUGUACACCCAACAAGCUGUUGAAAUGUUAACAGCCUUGAAAAAGCUAGGUGAAACGUUAAAACCUGGCGAAGUUGAAUUUCUUUCAAAAAACACAAAUGCAGCGUUAAGCGAGUUUGUACGAGUUUCAGAAAGUUUGGGCUCUGGUGAAAAAUUACUUGCUGUGGCUGGUUCACAGGUGGAGCAGGCUCAACGAUGAUUUUUUCUUGCACACCUGUGCAGUCAGCACCCUGCAAUUUCACUAUAAUCAAUUUUGCCUAUUUAUAUUGUAAAGUAGUGGUUACAAACCUACAAUAGCGAUUUAGAAAACACUUUUGUUCAUGCUAGAAUAUGAACAAGGAUACAAUAGCUGUUUAGCUGUUGUGUUGUAAAUUGUGAAUGAAUAAAUAUCAAGUACAUAGCUCCUUACUUUUUUAACAUAA